AUGGAACCACCUUUAUCCAGUAGAAUCCCUCAUGACAGCAAUGACUUCUACUACCCCCAUCACUUCUGCAAUCACUCCCGCAAAUGCAGCGACUUCUAUGACAACUAUGACCUCUCCUCCUACAACCACCAAUUCUUUUACAUCAAUGACCAGUAUGACUCUGUCUUCUACACCUGUCUCAAGCACAGAAGCAAUCACCAGUGGCACCACAGACACAAUGCCUCCAUCUACCUUGAAACAGCCAAAACUCCUACCACAAUCUUGGUAACCACCACCACCACCAAGACCACCUCACAUAGUAUCACCAGCUUCACUUCUUCGACCAUUUACUCCACAGCCAGCACAUACACAACUGCCAUCACCUCAGUUUCCACCACCUUGGGUACCAUGGUGACUUCUACAUCUAUGAUCCCAUCUAGUCUGAGUACAGAUAUCCCUACCUCACAACCAACAACCAUCACUCCCUCAUCCGUGGGCAUCACUGGUUCAUUACCUAUGAUGACAGACCUCACCUCAGUGUACACAGUCUCCAGCAUGUCUGCAAGGCCAACAACUGUCAUUCCCUCAUCUCCCACUGUCCAGAAUACAGAAACCUCAUCCUUUGUCAGCAUGACCUCUGCCACCACUCCCAGUGGGAGACCAACUUUCACAAGUACUGAGAACACUCCAACAAGGUCCCUCCUGACAAGCUUUCCAAUGACACAUUCAUUCUCUUCUAUUUCUGCCAGCAGUGCUGGGACCACUCACACAGAGAGUAUCUCCUCACCUGCAGCCACCACCAGUACACUCCACACAACAGCUGAAUCCAACCUGUCACCCACUAUCACCACCUCAUUCACCACAUCCACAACUAUGGAACCACCUUCAACAUCUGUAGCAACUAUAGGCACAGGGCAAACCACCUUCCCCAGCUCUACAGCCACAUUCCCUGAGACCACCACCCUGAUUCCUACAACUGACAUUUCUACAGAAUCUCUCACAACAGCCAUAACUUCUACUUCUGCCAUCACUUCUUCAGUCACUCCCGCCAAUACAGUGGCUUCUAUGACAACUACGACUUCCUGGCCCACAGUCGGUAAUACGUUAUCAUCACUCACCAGUAGCAUUUUAUAUUCUACACCUGUCCAGAGCACAGAAAUAAUCACCAGUCAUACCACCAACACCACCCCUGUAUCUACCUUGGUGACCACACUCCCCACUACCAUCACCAGGUCUACACCUAAAUCUGAGACCACCUACCAUACUUCUCCCACUAGCACAGUCACAGACUCCACGACCGACAUCACCUACUCCACAAGUAUGACAGGUACUUUGUUCACCGAGAUGGCUCUCCCAACCACCUCUUCCUCUCUCCUAACCAUAGAAACAGCCACAACUCCUACCACAACCUUGGUAACCACCACCCCUGAGACCACCUCCCACAGUAUUCCCAGCUUCACUUCUUCGAUCAUCACCACAGAGACCACCUCACACAGUUCUCCCAGCUUCACUUCUUCGAUCACCAACACGGAGACUACCUCACACAACACCCUCACACAGUACUUCCAGCUUCACUUCUUCGAUCACCACCACUGA